CAUACUUGAGAUCUAAAAGUUGCUAACGACUGGGUUGUACCUCUUCAACCAAUUAUCUCACCAUUUCAAACCCAUCUUUACCAAGGUAUCUAUCCCAUCUCCAAAGACACUUGACCAGAUUCGAGUUCCAGACGUCACACUGCCAUCGGAUCUUGUUCAUACCUCGCAUUUCAACAAAGGAACUAGAAAUUAGCAACUGAUUCCUCUCUGAAUAUGCCUCUUGCCACAAUCCACCUCGUUUCACUGGUGUCUUCUACCAGCAUUCUCAAAUUCCUCGACUCUCUCAAAUCCACAUCUCUACAACCACUGGUCAUCUCCAAAGUCAUCCGCUGGAUCAUUGAACCCGAGAAAAUUGACGCCAAGAUCCUUCUUCAGCCUCCCAAACCCUGGGAUCUCCUCAUCAUUGCACUGGGAACCGACCCAUUCCCAACAUCACUCGAGAGCCAAAUCCACACUCACUGGACGGCAACAGCAGGUGUUCCAUCACGAAUCACCAACGACUUUGCCACCACCAACUCUCGACUUCUACACCCAGACCCGAAGUCUGUCCCAGCAAUCUCGCAAAACCUAGCCAAUCCACACCUCAACGCGACGUCAUCUCAACACCUCGAACUCUCGCCGUCGCUACAAGCAUGGAUCCAGUCCUUCUCCCAGACCCGACCAGGCAGUUCAGGCGUCUCGAUGCUCAAUCUCCUCUCGUUCAAUGAGGGUAUGAAACCAUCAUACUUGAAGUAUGGGGCGGCAUUUUCCCAAUCCAUCGGUAUUAAGCGCGGAGGGGUAGCUAAACUUGUUGGAAAUAUCACGGCCCAAAGACCUGAGUCGGAGACUGGCGGCGCCGGCUCCUGGAAUGAAUUUGCCCUGGCUCAUUACCCUUCUAUCAGCCAUUUUGCCGACAUGCUCGCUAGUUCUGAUUAUCAGGAUGUUAAUCUCAAGUUCCGCGUUCCAGCUUUGAACGACACCUUGAUCUUGUGUACUAGUGAAAUUGCAAUCGAGGAUUUGUUGAAAGAGGCAGGGAGGGCAAACAAGUUGUAGCUUUGUAGCAGGCAUUUUUAUAGUACAUAGGUAUACUAUGAUCCUCAAGUU